AUGAAAGAUCUAAGAGGCAUUGUCAAAUGUAUACGAGAGCUGGAGAUGGAUGCAGACGAGACAGCGGGUUAUGGACCAGUGUUUGAGGAGCAGCCGGUGGACACCAUCCACCCGGAGGAGUUGCUUGAAGCCAAACUCACCAUGACCUGUCGUGCCAAAGCUGACCCACCUGCCACAUACAAGUGGAUGUUUGACGGAGAGGAAAUCAACUUGAAUGAACAAGGGGGCCACUUCAGUUUAGUCGGGGGUAACUUGGUCAUCAGUUCCCCCAACAAGAACAAGCAUGUGGGGCAGUACUCCUGUCUUGCAUCCAACAAGUACGGCUCAGUGCUCAGUCGCUCUGCCUCUGUCCAAUUUGGAUAUCUGGAUUUCUUCUCAUCAGAGGAGAGGGAGUCUGUAUAUGUAAAAGAGGGCCAGGGUGCUGUGCUGCUGUGUGCCCCUCCUCCACAUUAUCCAGCCGAGCUGUCAUUCCGAUGGAUCCUCAAUGAGUUCCCCACCUUCAUCCCAAUGGACAAGAGGCGUUUUGUCUCCCAGAUAACAGGCAACCUUUACAUCUCCAAAGUGGAAGAGUUAGACAGCGGCAACUACUCCUGUAUAGCUACAAGCCCGUCCAUUUCAAAGAGCGUCUUCUCCAACUAUAUUCCCCUGGUGCCCAUAGUUGAGCGUUCUGUCAGAAAAUAUCCAGCUGAUCUCAAAGUCAAAUUUCCAGACACCACAGCGAUGGUGGGACAAAAUAUCACCUUGGAAUGCUUUGCUUUGGGGAACCCUGUCCCUGAAAUCCGUUGGAAGAAGUUAGAUGGACCCCUGCCGGCCAGUCACGAGGUGCGCAUGGCAGGGGCUCACUUGCACCUCAAUAACAUACAGAUCGAGGAUGCUGGCACAUACGAGUGUGAGGCUUUAAACUCCAAAGGGAAGGACUACCAUUCUGCCAUGCUCUCUGUCGAAGCUGUCCCUCAGUGGGUGGAGCACAUCAACAGCACAGAAAAAGGCCUUGGCAGCGAACACUCCAUGUCUUGUGUAGCCAGCGGCACACCCACACCCCACAUCCGAUGGCUCAAAAACGGACAACCGUUUCUGAGGAGUGACAUGAUGUUUAGUGAGCUAACGCUUGAAGAUGGGGGGAUGUACCAGUGUGUGGCUGAGAACCGCCAUGGGGUCAUCUAUGCUAAUGCAGAGCUGCGUGUGUUUGCCUGUGCACCCACAUUUGAGCACAGCCCUGUGAGGAGGGCGCUGGCUGCGCGGAAUGGGCGUGUGGUGAUUGAGUGUCGACCUAGAGCUGCCCCCGAGCCCGCCAUCUCCUGGAGCAAAGAUACGGAGCUGCUUUACAACUCCACCAGGGUUUUCAUAUGGGAAGACGGGAGCCUGGAAAUACUCAACGUCACACGGGCAGAUGAGGGGAGAUACACCUGCUUUGCUGAAAAUGACCGAGGCAAAGCCAAUAGCACCGGUUCCCUCCUGGUUACAGAUGCCACAAAGAUUACGCUGGCUCCAGCUACCACUGAUGUAAAUGUGGGAAAAGAUGCCUACAUGCGAUGUGCUGCUUCACAUGACCCCUCCCUGGACAUCACCUUCAUCUGGGCUCUGGAGGGGAAGGUGAUCGACCUCCACAGGGACAGCCUGCAUUAUGAGCGCCCCCUGAAUGGCAGCUCUAAUGGAGAGCUCCUCAUCAGAAACGUUCAGCUGAAGCAUGCUGGGAACUAUAGCUGCACUGCUCAGACUCCUGUGGACAAUGUGACUGCCUCUGCCCACCUGCUUGUGCGAGGUGCCCCGGGAGCCCCUGGAGGAGUGCGAGUGGUGAACAAAACAGAGAAAAGUGUGACUCUGCAGUGGAGCAAAGGAGCAGACAAUCACAGUCCUAUAUCCAGAUACACCAUACAGUACAAGGACCCGUAUUCCAAAGACUGGAAGAACGCCUCCACAUCUCCUGCGAUUGUGGAGGGGAAUUCCGAGUCGGCCUCAGUGGUGGAUCUGUUUCCGUGGACAGACUAUGAGUUCAGAGUCAUCGCCACUAACACUCUGGGAACAGGAGAACCCAGCAGCCCCUCGCCCAGAGACAAGACGUCAGAGUCGUUUCCUGUGGUGGCACCCUCAAAUGUCACAGGAGGUGGAGGGACCAAUGGGGAACUCAUAAUCACAUGGAAGCCCGUGGAGCCCCAGUACUACUUUGGACCAAACUUUGGCUACAUCUUGGCCUUCAAAAAGAAAAACACUUAUGAGUGGAGAUACGUGACAGUGGCCGACCCCCAGGCGAAGCGCUACGUUCAUAAAGACUCCACUAUCCCUCCAAUGACAGAGUUUCAGGUCAAAGUCAAAGCGUUCAACAGCAAAGGAGAAGGUCCCUACAGCACGACGGCAACCAUCUACUCUGCACAGGACAUUCCAUCAAAAGCUCCACAAAUAAUAAGCGGCAAAGCUUUGUCUGCCUCCACAGCCAUUUUUUGGUGGUUGCCUCUCAACCAGAGCGCUAUAGAUGGAUACCAGGUGAGGUUCUGGCGCACUCACAGAGACCCAGAGGAGAGAGAACAUAAAGUGGUGGUAUCCCAUAAGGAGAACCACACAAGGCUGGACGGGCUCAAACCAGACUCACACUACUUUAUAGAAAUACGAGGGUACAACUCUGCGGGAUACGGACCACCAAGUGACCCCCUGCAGAUCCACACCAAAAAAUCACCUCCUAAACAAGCCCCUAAAGUCACCAAGAAGUUUAACAGGGGGAUGGUUAAUAUUUCCUGGGAGGGUGUGAGACCUCAGGAAAAUGAAGCUCCAGUGAAUGAAUACAGAGUGUUAUAUAGAAAAAUGGGCCACUCCACAGGGUCUCUUUUCACGACCAACAAGCUCUACAUCGACCUGCCCGUGUUCACCGAUGGGAAGUAUGUGGUGGAGGUCCGAGCACACUCAGAAGGAGGGGAUGGACCCGUGGGACAAAUCGAAAUCCUAAGUGGAGGUGCCAUGUCCCUGUGGUCUCUCUACUCCUCCCUCCUCCUGCCCCUGGUGGCUGUGCUCUGCCUGACCCUCUGA